AUGGCAUCCAAGCAGGAACUGAAAGACUUCUAUGUCGGCCAAGAUGUGAGUGGCGUGCCGAAACCAGCUCUCGUUCUCGAUGCAGCGAUCAUCAGAAGACAUUGCGAAACAAUGAUUAGAACUGUGAGAGAGCUGGAUGUUGGAUUUCGGGCUCAUGUCAAGUCUCACAAAACCACCGAAAUUGCCGAAAUGCAAGUUGGCGACAAGACCCUCGACGGAAGUUUCAUUGCAUCGACUAUCCUUGAAAUCGAAAGUUUGAUCCCUCUUCUCAAGGAAUUGCAGUCUGAGGGACGUCGCGUCAACGUGCUCUAUGGCAUACCACUGGUGCCUUCGCAAGUGGCUCGAUUGGCGAAGAUCGCCUUAGAAAUUGGACACGAAAGCAUUUCCGUAAUGAUCGACCACUCGGAUCAGGUUGACUACCUCCCGCAAUUUUCGGCAAUUACUAAAUUUGCGGUGUCAGCUUUUGUCAAGGUCGACUCAGGCUAUCAUAGAGCCGGACUACCGCCCGUCGCCUUGAACAAGCAAGGCCUUCUCGAGAAGCUGGCAAAUUCUGAAAAACAAGGAUAUGUUAAGUUCCUGGGUGUCUACUCGCAUAGUAGUCUCAGCUAUGCAGGAACAACCCCUCAGGAAGCAAUGAAGCAUUUGAUUAAUGAGAUUGACUCUUGCAAAGAAGCAGUCCAACUCCAUUCAAAGUUUUUCCCCCAAAAGCAGCUUGUCAUCAGCGUGGGAGCAACUCCACAGGCACUGUCGUCGCAGAAUCUUCUGCGAAAGGACGAAAUGGGACCCGAAUCAAGAACUCUUAGAGAUUUACUGCGUGCUCCUUUUGCAAGUGACCUAGAUGCAGAUGUCAAGGUGGAACUGCACGCUGGAGUGUACCCGCUUCUUGACAUGCAACAAUUGUCAACCAAAGCGAGCAUGCAACUGAAGAGCCCCAAAGAGGAGAUUGCAGUCUCUGUGCUUGCGGAAGUCUGCAGUGUUUACAACGAUGGCGAAAGGUCUCAACCUGAGGCUCUCGUUGCCGCCGGAACAUUGGCACUGGGAAGAGAGCCAUGUCCUAGCUAUCCUGGCUGGGCCAAAUUGUCUUCUUGGCGACAAUCACCUUCCAACUCGCAGUCAUCCUUGAUUGUGGAACGUAUCAGCCAGGAACAUUCCAUCGUUGCUUGGGAAGACAAAGAGGCGAAUUCACCAAGCGUUCCCCUUUCUGUUGGUCAGGUGGUGAAACUCUACCCAAAUCACGCCUGUGUCGCAGCUUCCUUCUACAACUUCUACUUUGUGGUGGACUCCGACUUAGAUGCAGACGCGGCGAAAAUUGUCGACGUGUGGGUAAGGGCAAGAGGUAGUGACGUGACCGAUCCGUUGUUUCUCUCGAGGGCCCAAUAG